UCCGAUUCAGUCCACUUUGAGCUUUCGACCAAAACUGACGAAUGCAUGAAAAUUUUUAUGUGUGUUUUUAAAUUUUCUUCAUCACUUUUAAGCUCAAUAUUGGGAGUGAAAAGUUAAUUUGGAAAUUAAGGUGGUCUUUUUUAAAAGUAUUUUGUAACAAUGGUUGUUGUUACAAAAAUUCCAGACGUUGAAGCGUCUUCUCAAGAACUACUAAAAGAACAUCUAAAAACAGAAUCGGCAUCACCUUUGGUUAUCAACAAAGAAGACUUUCCAUUAAAAGUUUCGGUAAAUCAACCAAAUGAAGAAAUUAAUACCACCAUCGAUUACAACAAUAUUCCUCGUGGACUAAAAACUUGCAAACAAUUAAUUAGAAAAUCUAUACUAGAGAAAAACAAGACUUUAUUAAAAGAAAGUUGCAUCGGUCUAAUAUCGGAACUUUCCGUGUUGACAGUUUUGGAAAUUUACUCAUUUCUGAAUGAUGUAUCACCGUUUAAUGAUGAACCAUCGGCUCCCCCCACUUCCGAAAUAGACCACGACUGGACGAUGAUAUUCCAAAAAAGUAUUGCAAAAUGCCAAGAAGAAUGUGAUAAAAUAAUAAACGAGAAAACAUACGAUAUAUUCACAAACAUUGAUGAUGUGAUGAAACUAUCGUAUCGAGAUUUAUUGGGGAUUUUAAAACGGACUACUUUAAACGUUUCUGAUGAAGAGUUUUUAUACGAAAUCAUGUACGAAUGGGCUGAAAGACGUUCGUCUAAUCAUAAAGAUUUCCAAAGAAUUUUGGGCGAUCUUCCACAUCACAUUCGUUUUGGCACGAUGAAACCGAAAACGUUCAAAAAGUUAAAAGGAAUCAAAGAUGUUCUAGACCAAAAAGAUAUACGAAUUAUCCGUUUUUAUUUGGAGGAAAAAACGAAAGGACGAGAAACCCACACGUUACCGCAUCAAUGGUCCAACCCAAGAAUCACUUCGAAUGAUUGUAAUACAAGAGUUGGUAGAAAUAAAAGAUUGGAACGCGCGGGAAUGUAUUGUUUGAUAUGCUGGAUGUUUGUUUUUGAUUAAUUAGUAAACAACUUCAAAAAUCUAAUCAGAAAAGAUCUCAUUUUUAAGUUAUUAUUUACAAUACAAGCUCAUUUUGCGAACAUUUCAUGUUUCAUGAUUUUAUUGCCAAACAUUUUAAUUAACAACAAACUAACGCCAUAUCAACUUGAAUUUUAUUGUGAUUUUUUAUAUGUUUUAAAAUAACUGAAAACUACUGUUUCUUAUCUUUCUUACGAUUAUUGUAAUAUUUUAAACUCAAGGUGAAAUGUUUUGAUGAGUAACUACGCAAUUUGUUUAUGAUAUUUUACUCUUUUUUUACUCUAUUUUUUGUGUUGACGUAAUACUUCUUACGGUGUUUCGUGAAAUAAUUACGUUCAACUUAUUAAUACAGGUUAUCACAAAUUUAUUAUGUUUUAAAAAAUAACUAACGAAAAUUUCUUAUAUGUGUUAAUUAACCAGUGAUAUUGUUGUCUCUUAGUUUUAUUAAUUUGAUUAUUUUCUAAUUUUAUUUAACGUUACGUUUUUAAACUUUUAAUUUAAUGCGUUGAUAUUUAGUGUUAAUGUUAAAUUUUUUUUCGUGCUUUAUUCAAAACUAACUUUUGGUUUUUAACCUAUUCGUAUAUGUCUGUGAUCUCAAGUUUGUAUACACAAUUAUAUCUAUACAUAUUCUCAAUAUAUUUAUCUUAAUGUUACUUGUUAAAGAUCAGUUCAAAGUGGAUGGAUUUGCACAUUUUCCUCACCGCUUUCGCCGUUAUGAAUCGAUUAAUUAUAAUGAAUUUGUCGUUAGAAUAGGGAUAAUCACGUUAUUUAUUUUCAAAUUGUUUUGAACUGAUUUUUAAUAAUGCG